ACCCUCGUGAAGAAGCCGGAGCAGAAGCUUUGCUUUCUGCUUGUAGCUUCAGAUUUCGCAGAUACACAGAACAAAAAAAAUGGCGAAGUGGUGGCGCUCCGGUGCCCACGGCCUCAAAACGGUGGUGGAAAACCCUGGUUUGCAGUCAUGGGCUUGGCCACCACGGCUGUUGUCCCGAGCCACUUUGUACCACACGAUCCAAGCCAUCCCAAGAGAGUGCUGUGGAAGCGGAGUAUCUGUAAAAGACAGAGCCCAGGGGAGAAUCCCUGCCGUAGUGUUCAGCCAAAGCCUCCUGGACAAAAACCCCAGCAACCGAUCAGCGUCGAAGAAGCAUUUGGUAACCACGGAGAGGAAGCAGAUUCAAGCCAUUCUCAAGUCCGUACAGCUGCCGUUCUUCUGCUCCACCACAUUCCCUCUGCAGAUCCGAGCUGGGUCUGGGUCCUCGGUCCUGCUUGAAUCCGGGAACGUCCUUCCCAUUAAGAUUCAUAGGGAUGAAGAGACUGGGAAGAUAUUGAAUUUGGUGUUUGUUUGGGCUGAAGAUGGGUCAGAGUUGAAGGUUGAUGUGCCCGUUGUUUUUAAAGGAGAAGAUAAGUGUCCUGGUCUUAAGAAAGUCAACAUUUUCAUUGCAAAAACAGGUGGUUAUCUAAACAGAAUUAGAACUAGUCUAAGAUACCUUUGCCCAGCCGAGCACAUUCCCCCCAAAAUUGAGGUCGAUGUGAGCAGCCUAGAUAUUGGGGAUCGAAUUUACAUGCAUGAUGUCCAGGUUCAUCCAUCUUUGAAGCUUUUGAGUAAGAAUGAAAACAUGCCCAUGUGUAAGAUAGUGACCACAAAGUUGGAGAGCCCAGAGUCAGCUGGAGUUUAGGCCAUCUCAUAGUCAAAAAAAUUGAAGGCCUUUCAUGGAGUUGGCAGAACUACGAGGAGCAACGGUUCAGGAAAAGUCUCUAUUUUGAGUAGGCUACUGAUUCUUUCAAGUGGAUAAGGAAUAAUUUGACGUGGUGGCUUUGAUUUUAGACCAUAACCUGAUACAAGCUGUAAGCGUGGAUCUGUUGUAGCAUCAGUGAUAAGUAGAAUCUUUUGCUUGUUGUUUUAUGCAUUUAUAGUAAAUCUAUUUGUUACUGAGGAUGGUAAAUCUGUGGAAGUCAAGACGCUUUGCAAAUUUUAUGGUUGUCAAGCAGUUUUCUUUUCCGAUC